UUCUAGAUCACGUGGCCCAGAGUCGAGCCAACGGCAAGACUUCUUGUUCUCUUCCCCACCAUGUCUCUCACAAAAGAUGCCGACUCGUUCAAACGCGCCCUCCAUCGUCAAGAUUACACUUCAUGGCAUUCGCAACCUGCACCACUCAACUCCUCUUCCUCUGCCAGUGCCUCUGUUUCUACACCUGCACCCGCGCCUACAACGGCAGAAUCAACGUCCACGCCUAGCACGAAGAAGAAACGGCCAAAAACCAAUAUCGUAUAUUCACAGCCGGCGGAUACGGGGACGGGGACGAAUGUGAAUACGCAACUUGUGUAUGCUAUUGAUCAUCUCAAGUCGACGCAUAAUCCCAUGCGCCUUCAAGAUAUUGCAAUCGUAACGAAUACGCCGCUCGAGACUGAUGUAGUCUUACUCGAAAAAUUCAAGUCGCAUGAUAAGAUUCUUUGGGAUCCAAAGACUGAUUUAUAUUCGUAUCGUCAUGAAUUCAGCUUUCGGAACAAAGUGGCGCUCCUGACAGAGAUCCAGCGACAGACGAGGAAAGGGGGCGGGAUACCUGUGCGUGCGCUCAAGGAGUCUUGGAAAGAGGCACCGCAGGCUAUUGAGGAGCUGGAGAAGGAGGGAGAGGUGCUUGUUACGAGGACUGUGAAAGAUGGUCAGUUGCGGAUGGUAUUUUGGAAUGAGAUCAAGCCGGAUGAUGAGAGUGGGGGGAAACAUGUUGAGAAGGAAUUCUUUGAUUUGUGGCAUUCGCUGAAGGUGCCUAAUGAUGUUGAUUUGUUGAAGGCGUUGCAUGCUGAGGGGCUUCAAGCUACUGCGGAAGAGACGCCGAUCCCGAAGGCGCCAUCGAAUAUGAAGAAGAAGGGAAAGCGUUCGGCACCGCGGCAGAGACAAGCGAAGAUUACGAAUACGCAUUUGAAGGGAGAGAUCGACCUUUCGAAAGAUUAUGAGAGGAAAUGACAUGCGUUUUUAAUGUUUCUGGACACUUCCUCUUUACAGUGCCAUGGGCGGUUUUGAGUUGCACUGCAGCUGCAGUUGUGCGGUUUCGAACCGAAAUCGGUUAUUUCUUCCCAACAACUGUAGCUGCAUCAGCCAUGCUUCUUCCUUCAGCCACACUCCGCAGCUCUCCCUUUGAAGAAUCAUUGAGGCAGUUGUGUUUCCAUCCCAACACCUAUUAUCAUUUUGUAGAAGGGGCAGUGUUUUCAGUGACUGAAUUCAUCCGUUUGGUGAAA